AUCCCAUUUAGCAAUAGUGCAGAGGGUCAACAAUGAAGGUGAAGGAGACCCUUUCUACGAAGUGGUGGGAAUCAUCACGUUAGAAGAUGUCAUAGAAGAGAUCAUCAAAUCAGAGAUACUGGAUGAAACUGACUUGUACACUGACAACAGAACAAAAAAGAAAGUGGCCCAUCGAGACAGAAAGCAAGAUUUCUCUGCUUUCAAGCAGAUGGACAGUGAGGUGAAGGUGAAAAUAUCACCCCAGCUUCUACUGGCAAUGCACCGUUUUUUAGCUACAGAUGUAGAUGCCUUUAGCCCUCUGCAUAUGUCAGAAAAAAUCCUGCUGAGGCUGCUGAAGCAUCCAAAUGUCAUCCAGGAGCUAAAAUUUGAUGAGAAGAAUAAGAAGGCAGCAGAACACUACCUCUACCAGCGCAACAAGCCAGUGGACUAUUUUGUCCUCAUUUUACAGGGAAAAGUAGAAGUCGAAGCUGGGAAGGAAGUAAUGAAAUUUGAAGCAGGAGCUUUCUCGUAUUACGGUGUAAUGGCACUUAUAGCAUCACCAGUUCCUCUGUCCUUGUCUCGCACCUUUGCUGUCAGCAGAGCUGAAUCAUUAGCAGGUUCCCCAGAAAACAAGUCUCCACCACGACCAUGUGGCUUAAAUCACUCAGAUUCUCUAAAUCGAAGUGACCGAAUUGAUGCAAUUACCCCAACUUUAGGAAGCAGUAACAACCAGCUGAAUGUGUCACUUCAUCAAGUGUAUGUCCCUGACUACUCAGUGCGAGCAAUUACAGACAUCCAGUAUGUCAAGAUCACAAGACAACAGUAUCAAAAUGCUCUUAUGGCAUCCCGGCUGGAUAAAACUCCUCAAUCCUCAGAUAGCGAAAAUACAAAAAUCGAACUGACUUUGACAGAGCUGCAUGAUGGAUUGCCAGAUGAGACAGCUAACCUGCUCAAUGAACAGAACUGUGUGACUCAUAACAAAUCAAAUCACAGUAUGCAUACAGAAGGAAACAUCUAGGGAUCAUCAUCUCAGGAGCAGAGACUAUGUCCUCCUGAUUUCUGUCUAGCUCAAAAGAUCAAUUGGUUUGCACAUGCACACCCACCGGAUGUUUUGAGACCAAAGAGAUGUGUCCCAGUUCUGGGAUGAAGAGUUCAAAGACAGGAUGAAGUGAAACAGAGCUGAAAUAAGGAAGAAAGGGUGAUGGUGUGUUUUUUGAGAGACAUGGCAAAUUAAGAGCCACAAAUAAAUAUGUUCAUUUUUUCAUCUGUGAUCUACUUUAUGACUGCUCCACAUCUGAAGGACAUUUUCUCAGUGUUGUUCAUAAAUGUUCUCUGUCUUGUACUGAUGGGGUACUGGCAAGUAUUUUUAAGCAGUGUUUUAAAAAUGAAAGUGAUUAUAAUGAAUGUGUAAUUGUUGCUGCUGAUAUAGUUCACAUUUACACAACGAUCACUCCACUCAUUUUCAUGCACUGAGUGUCUACGUCUUAAGAUUUUGUUAGGUGUGUGCAUCUUCAUCACAUGUACUGCAGAAGACUGGAAAACGCUGGUAAUGACUUUUCAGCUAGUGUACUUUCCAGGAAUUCUGGGAUAAGCUUUGCUUUUAUACAUCUGAAAUAUCAUCUAGAAGAAACACUGUAUCAUUAUACAUUUUAACAUGCAUCCCUUUUUCUACAUAAGUUAAGCUGUUGGUCUUAAUACUUUAUGUUUGGGCAGAGGGAAGGUGAACCUCUUCCUUCUAAACAAAGUAAUGAUACAAUUUAGGGGAAACAUCUGUGUAGUUUUAAAGCAAAAUGUUUUCUUUUUAAAAGGUGUAGAGUUGCACUACAAUGUAUUAUGUUUGAAAAAGUCACUAAAUAUGCACUUUGAAUACAUCUAGUUUAGUAUUUAAAAAUGCUAUGCAGAAACUGAACUUCUGUGCUAGUCACACAACAUAAAUUGGAAACCAUACAGACAGACAAAGAAAUAUACCUUGAUUUUUUCCGACUGCAUAUAACAUUUGGAAAUAAGCUGUUCAAAUGUUGCCACUGGCAUAAUAUAUGCAUUACUGUUAUUAUUAUCAAUACUAUUAUUAUUAUUUUGAUUAAGCCUGUUGACAUGAGUAAGAUAACUAAUUGCCUUGAUUUGGAUGCCUUGGAAGAUGAUUAUCAUAACUAUGCAAGAAAAGGUUUUAAGGUCCAUAUUUCCAUUACAAUUUUUUACUUGAAAGUAUGUUUAGAAAGGAAGAAAAACAACUCACCUCUGAAGUGUGACAAAGUUAUACUUGAAUUGAAGAUGAAGCCACAUGAAAUGCUUCUUUCUGUAGAAUAUCACAAGACUUACUGCCCCAAAACAAACAAGCACAAGUUACCUUAGUAGAAAUAAAAUCAUUACACAGGAACACUAUCACAACAAAGUGAAUACAUCAGCCCCCCCCCCCCGCUUUACUCUGACAUUAGAUCAUGUAAUCAGGGUGUCAGCAGCCAGUUUGGAACAAAUGGGUAUAUCCUUUCUGUUUACAUUUGACUGCAUAGUUUGCUCUGCUCCUGCCUUCUAUACACAGUGUUGAACUCUCCCAGCACUGCUCCUCUAUCAUCAUAAAUAUGUAUCUUUCAGACUGACCACUGUACCUUCUACAUUGGGGUGCAUGGGAGAAACUGUCUGAGACAAGAAGCCUGUUUCUUUCAUUUUCCUCCAGGACAGCUGUGCCUGAUACACACAACUACAAGUGUGUUAAUCCUCAUUUAUUCUAAACAGUACAGUUCCUUUACCAUGUCAUUUACACCUACUGCACAUAUUUUUGGUCUUUGUUAAGUAAUGAGCAAAUAUCAGGACUCAAAAGCUUCACUCCUGUAAGGACACAAACUGUUUGUGAAUCCAAAGUUUUCUCUUGUGUAGUUAGCUUCUGAAUGAUCCUUACUUUUUUUCAAACAAUCAGUUGCCAACAUGGUGUUUUAGAUUCACGUGUAUGUCAAUAUGGCAGACUAAAUUUAACACGAAAGUUACAUUUUAAGAGAGGGAUAUGGAAGACAUCACCUUCCCUGUCCUCCAAAGCACCCAGCUAAGAUUCAGAAAGCAUGAUGUUUCAUAAGAUUAAUAAACAAUUCCGUUAAUAAUUCUGCCUACCGAUCAUACAAAAUUAGCAAAUUUGAAAAUGCACAAGAAAUGUACUGCCCUUUAUUGUGUGGAAAAUAGAGUGGCUUACUGUGUUUGUCCAGAGAACAAAACAGAGGCCCAAACAAUGGAUUUAAAAUAAAAUGUGAAUUAUUUUGUCUUUA